UUCUUUCUACCAGUCAUCUCUCUCUCUCUUUCCCUCUCUCCCUUUGUCUUUGUCUGUUAAACUCUCUCCUUCAUCCAUAUUUACUAAGAUUGACGUGUUUUCCACAUCCUGCCCCGUGCACUCAGGAGUCAGGUGAUAUCUGUGUGAGCGUGUGUGAGUCAAGAGGUGAAAGGCUCAUUGUUACAUAUUUUCCAUUCAACAAAGGAUUUUUGUUUGUCUGAGUUCAAAUGCAACUGAAAGCAGAUCAGUGCUUUCUGUUUGCCAGGUGGUGAUGUCAUUAUUUUCCAGUCGCAUACACUCUCUCACACACACACACACACACACAGGCCUUCUUUUAUGUCUGAUUAGUCAGCAUUAGCUAGUAUCUGUCAAAAGAAGGAUGGGAUGGAAAAAAGCAAAAUAGUGUCCCUCCUCUUUCCACAGCUGAUUGGCUUGCAGGGAAAGAACGGAUGAAUGACACAGGAAGAGGAGGGGAUGGGAUUGUGGGUAAUGCGUCAUCGGCUGGCAGGGGCUCAUUUAAGCUGCUGUGUAGCAGGAGGAGAGAGAGAAAAAGAGCGAGUGAGCUUAGAAGAGGCUGAGUGACAUUUUCAGCUCUACACGCCCAAAUCUCUGGAAAAUUCCUUCAGUUUGCAGGCUGCUGCAGAAUCGACUCACAGACGCUGACAGGAGGAGGCGGAUUUUUAAUCUUCACUUACAAGUGUUGCAGCAGGUGACUAGAUAACCUUGGAAUGUGGGUUAGAAGGCCAAUUGUUGACUGAGGUUCUUUGAGAGCAGCUCAGUGUUUUUUCCCCCCAACAUCGAGGACUUUGACUGUGAAGACAAUUCGCCAAGUUCCAGAUUCACAAAGAGGAUCCAUGUGUGCGGUGGAUAAAAGCUGACCUGUUUCCUUUUGGGGACCAUCUGUUACUUCCUGAUUGUCCGUCACCCUGGGGAAGGCAACGCAUUUCCGAUUUCCCCCUUCCUCUUCAUCAUCAUCAUCAUCACCCCCGUUGUCCCUGCCACCGCUGAAGUCUGUAUCAGCGCCCCGUUGCGCUCUGACCUCAGGUAUCAGGUGGAGAAGGUUUCGUCUUCCGGGGUCGCCCAUCAUGCACAUCAAGACCACCAAGUGUAACCGCUUCUGCCUGGUUGCCUCUGUGAUGAACCAGGAAGUGUUCAGUCAUCCUGAGGCACAGGCCAGUUUUGAGGCCUUGUUCCGUUCCUUUGACCCGGAGGUACAGUUCCAGUACUUCAAGUCUUUCCGGCGGAUCAGGAUCAGCUUCAGUGAUGCUCUGGCUGCAGCCGAGGCCAGAUUGCGACUGCAUAAGACUGACUUCAAUGGCAAAGAGAUGAGACUCUACUUUGCUCAGUCUGUCCACAUAGGCAGUCCUCGUCUGGAGCCUCCCAAGCCAGAAAAGCAGUUUCUGAUCUCCCCGCCUGCCUCACCCCCAGUUGGCUGGGAACAGGCUCAUGACGCUACACCCGUCAUCAAUUACGACCUGCUGUGUGCCAUCUCAAAACUAGGACCAGGGGAAAAAUACGAGCUCCACACAGCCACACCCACCACCCCCAGCGUCGUUAUCCAUGUCUGCGACGACGAACACGGCGGCGACAGCUCGGCCCCUGAUGACAGCGACCUUGAUGACAAGCCCCGCCCACCACGGCCAAAAAUCAUACAGACCCGUCGUCCCGACUACAGCCCCGAGGUGAGGCAGUGAGCCACGAAAAAAAGGUGAGGAGCGGCAGAGUGACGACAGUAACAUUCCAUCCUGGAGCGACUGGUCAAGACCUGAACAACACUCUCUGAGCUUUGAGGGUUUUUUGGAGACUUUGGCACCUGAAGAUGCCAUGACAUCCUGUAGACGAGCAUUUCAUAAGACAGAAGGAAAAUAGAGUUGAAUGCUGCAUUCAUGUUCUGUGGGAAAGAUGGGAGAUAUGACCUUUCAAGUGGAAAAUCCACUUAGCAGUGAGAUGUGACAGGUACUGCAUGUGGAUACGAGAUGUGGAGAGAAAACUGUAACUAAUAAUGUAUACCUUUUUUUGGAUUGUUGUGUUAAUAAUAAUAAUAAUAAUAAUAAUAAUAAUAAUAAUAAUAAUAAUAAUACUACUACUACAAUAGGAGACUUUGAAUAUUUGGGUUGUGGUGAUAACUAUUAUAUUAUUUUUUUCAAAAAGAAAACAAAUGUUACAUGAUAACAUGUGGGUGUUUAGUGAUGAAGGUGGUCAGGUGCAAAUAAAGUGUACAAGACCAUCAAAAGUGAUAGGGAAAUUCUUCCCACAUGGCAUGAAUGCGGCAUCAUUCUGAGAAGUCAUGUUUGCGUCUUACUCAUCUAGACUAUGGGAUGUAACGGACUGACUGGAGGAGAAAAUCAUCCGUAAAUCACCGGGUUUCAGACUGAAGAUCUUCACCCAUACACUGCCACCUUCUUUCUCACAUGGUCAUUAUCUGAAGAGGUCACACAGGAGCUGCUACUCUUCACAUCUGCAGCAGUUUUUUUUGGUGGACCGGGAAGUCCAGGCAGAGCUCACUGUACUCAUGCUCACACAGACUAAAACAUGACUCCAGUAUGGCAGUGUUCCUGUCAUGACCUCUAACAGUGUUAAUUGUGGAUUAUUUCAGUUUUGAUUUCUCCAUGUGUCCAUGGUUUGGUUGUAGUAAUAGCAAAGAAAUAUUUCUAUUUGACAUUAAAGGGCGUGGUUCAGUUUUUUGUUUUGUUUUUUUGAAGUGAGGUUGUUCGAGGUCUGCUGAGCUGAAAACCAACCUGACACCGAACUAAAACACAGUAAUGUUUGGUGCUCUAUGUCACUGUUAAACAGCCUUUUUUGAAUGGAAAAUGAAGUUUAUGGUGCUUUGUAAACCUCUCACUCCCCUACACCAAAGUCCAUGGACUAAAUCAUCAACAUUACAUCACAGCACACAGGAGUUGUUGAUCCACUGCUGCCUCCAUCAGUCAGUUCAAAUGUGAUAUUUUGUCACUUUUGUCACUUCUUCAUUUGGAUUUACUUCAGUGUCACAAAAAAAAGUGGCAGCAGGAGAUCAGCAGCUCCUGUGUCCUCGAGAGCUAAAAAUGCAUGUUCUUUAUGGACUAUGGUGCAGCAAAGUGCAUCGUUUACAAACUUUAGCUUCCAGCUUAAAAGGCUGUCUAACACCAAGAUAAAGUGGCAAAAGUUGCUGGUUCCCAACACAGGAGGCAACAUCGUGCAACCUCACUUGAAAAAAAAACCUUGAACUUUGACUUUGAAAUACAUUUUUUUGAACGUGGUUUUCAUGUCAACUUUUUCAUCUGUGGGCCUUUAACCACAUCAGCCAUUGUAUAUUCUCAGCUUAAAGAAAAUAGGGCUAAUCUGUUAUUAGUCCAUACUUGGGCUACAUAGUAUUCUGUGAGAAAAUACAAAUGACGCACUGUUAUUGUCAAGGCCCAGCACGCGUUAUAAUGAUGGGCAAUCAUUUGAUGUAUGUUUUAAAGAGAUUAGCGUGUGGUCUAUGGUUAAUGUCUUACUGUAUCCAUAUGAGUUAUGUGCAUAUGUAACAGUUGCUGCAAAUAUGCACCAGAGGCAUGUCCUGUAAUGAUUGUGUCAUUUCUGUUAGUACAGCUACAUCACACAUCCGAUACAAUACUGUUCCAAAACUGCUCUUUCAUUGUGACACCAUAGAAACCAAAAUCUUGCAACAUUUUAAUGCUGUGAGAAAUGUUUUUUUUUUUUUUUUUUUUUUUU